GAAGAAGAAGCAGAACGUGUGACGUCAGGUAGCAUAAACAGCUAACGUGCAGUAGCUGUGUUAUCUCGUAGAUUUAUCAAGAAACAAAUCAUCAAAGGAUAUUUCACACCUGCGACACAUCAAACCUCACGUUAGGUUUCAUAUUCUGAAGGUCACGUUUCCAUCUGGUACAGUAACACUGUAACACCACUGGCAGUCCUGUGACCCAAGAAAAUAAUGUGCUGCAGCUGAAGAUGGGUGGCAGCGGCUCCAAAUCCAAAGGAUUUUGGCCUUUUUCUGGCUCAGGUAGUACGGACGAUCAAACCAAAGAUGGAAACGAGCCGUCGAUGGCGAGAGCUCGAAGUUUCGCAACUGCAACACCUUUUGUGUUUACUAGACGAAGCUCCAUGUACUUUGAUGAAGACGGCGACUUGGCCCAUGAGUUCUAUGAAGAGACAAUUGUGACAAAAAAUGGACGUAAAAAAGCCAAACUGAAGAGGAUUCACAAAAACCUAACACCUCAGGGAAUUAUAAAGCUGGACAUCCCUUGCAUCCAUGUAGAUUUCCCAGUCGUCCUCUGUGAAGCCUGAUGAUGUCUGAGCGGCGUCUCAGACUAGCCACUGUGUCAACUCCGUCCUGUGGUUUCCCCUACAGCUGGAAGCCUGAACCACCUUUUAAAAUAACAUGAUCUCUUGAUAUAUUUGACGCCGUUGUGUGGGACAGGCUGAUGCGAUUUGUGCUGAGCCUCUGCAUGUGAUCUGUUUUGGCUUGUGUGCAGUUAGACACAGAAUAGGUCACCAGUGGCGAUCUAGAAGGAUGCCAAGUUUGGCAAAACUGACUCAGUUUACAGAUCAUGGUUUGUGUGCAUGUAAGUGUGACUGUGUGUGCAGACACGGGAUGAAAAUGUGACAGAGUCCCGAAUUUACUGCUGCAGAUUGUUUUCUGGUAUGAUUCAUUGAACUCUAGGAGUUUGAGGAGAAUGUCACGGUCAUAUCUAGAUGCGGGAAAAGUUUUAUGUGCACAGUUUAGUUUUUUUUGACACCACGACUCGCUUUAUUAUGCAUGGAACAGGUUCUGCUUAUCGGUAAUAGCCUAUAGGGAGUUGACAAUCAGUGGCCCACAAAAUCUCAAGUGGAUUAAUGUCAUAUUGUAAUGUCGGAUGGACUGGCUUCAAUGACCUCAGAGCCACACACCGUACACAGCAGCAGCGAGUCCAGUAAGAGAUCCUGUUGUUUUCGUCUGCUGCUUUGGCAUACUACGUCUCACUUUUAAUUUAUUAUAAUUGUUUUUUUAAUUACAAUAUCAAAUGCUACACUGUGUGUCAUGGUCCUUUUUUAUAUAAAUACAUUAUAGUUGAACGGCAUAUUAAAGUGCAUUUACUUCCUCACAAGCUGUCAAGAUCAAAGGGGAAAAGAAUAUGCAUGGAUAUAUUUUAUAAUCAUUGCUUAUAUAAACUCCAUUCUACAACUGAAAAGUUACAUGUGGUGGGUAUUUAAUUGCUUAGAUCUAUUCUAUCCCCCAUCAUAUGACUAUCUGUAAUGACACAACCCAAGAACCGUACUUUGCUUUUUUUUUCCCUUGGAGGGCCAAAACUGAAAUUUAAUGUUAAAGCAAACACCUAUUGUAUUGUUAAUGUAAAAUGGUACUAGGAUGGAUCCCAAGUUCCCUUCAUUGAAAUGCCUUUUGUCUGUGUG